AUGCAUGCCACAACCAACAGUCCAACUCUGGCGACCGAAAUCGCAACGCAUUCCAACGCGUCUGCAACUUCCGCAUCUCCCCCGUCGCUCACCCCCGCGCUGUCUGUCUCUCCAAAUGACACCAGCACCUCCAACCCCCGCCGCUUGAAAUCUAAAUCAUCCUUGUGGUCUUUAGGAAGCAGUAAUAACGAAGAAGAAGCACCUGCCGAACCUACCAGCGCCGGCCGGACAUCUAUCCUCCGUCGGCUUUCUCCCGCUCUUGCGGCUCGGGUAAAGCUGUUAGACGGCAGUAACAAGACCGCGUCGCAAGCUCGGAAUGCCAAUGCUGUCGGUCGGAUCCCCGAAGAGCACUUGAAGGAGCUAGACAGUCUGCACCAGGACCUGUCAAUUAAGGUAGAAAGGAGGGGUCAAGCCUGGAAUGCUAGAGACACAUCACCCGGACAAAUCCUGGACUUCAAGCGGAGCGCGUCGAACCAGCUUGAGCUUCCCCACCAGGAUAUCCUCCGAGAGAUCGCAGACGCGCGAAGACAAAACUCGGAGUCAACAAAAGCUGUCGAGGAGGGUCCCGAGCUGUGCGCCCCGAACACUACCACUGUGCCCGUGACUGUCCAGGCCUCAGAACCCAACAGCCCACUCACACCAUCGCCAAUGUCUGUCGCAGAGCCGGUUCUCGCGCAGCCGCGUGUAGGACCCGUACCGACCGCCCUACCUAUCAACCAUGCCCAAGAUACCCGGACUGAUUUCGAGAAAUAUGUUGAUGAUACCGCACGGAAAGAGGAGCAGUCUACAGAAGACCAGUCAGCUCCUCCAAUCCCGCCGAAAGACUCUCCCCCCAUACAAGCUGCUCACUCCCGAUCCUCCUCCUUAAACUCGCAAUCUUACUUCAACCCUAUGGGUCUCCAACGCGCCGACUCAAUAUACUCUUUCUCCCGUGCAUCCUUCAGCAACCAACUCUCCCAAUUGACCUCAAUCCCCCUCCCGCAGCCAGCCUCACUUGAGGCAAGUAUUGAAAACAUCUCCACAUCCCUUUCAGCCGUCCGAGCACUGAAUGGAGCCGCUGAGCAAAUUCAGAUUUGGAUCAAAAAGGCCUCAGAUGUCCUGAGCGGCUUGGACUCUGAAGACGAUGUGGAAUGGGCUGCGGCUGGUGGCCGGGAGGGGUUAGAUGAGGUGGACAAGGCCAUCACGCGCUUCGAGUCCCUGGUUGAUGUAUAUGUAAGGGCUAUUGAAAAUGUGCAAUUACGAGGCGAUAUUGCCAAUGUUGACGCAAAAAAUUUGAAAACCAUUGUGAGACAAAUGGAAAGCAUUUUGGAGAACUGGACACAAAUAAAAAGCAAGCUCAAGGGUGUCAAGGAGCAGGUCGAGCUGGCUAUGGAAUGGGAGGAACUUUGGUCAAACGUUUUGGGUGAUGUUGGCAUGGAGGUCGACAAUCUGAGCGGACUCAUCUUCGAGAUGGAAGAGAAACGACACCAAGCACUGAUGGAUACGGGCGAGACCACUGGUGGUCUUGAUAUCAAUGAGCUGGAAACUAUUGUCGAGGAGUCUCCUAUCAAGGGUCGCUCGGCUUCGCAUAACCGCUUGAGCAUUGGUCCCAUCUUGGCGGCUACAUCUGGAACUCCCAUCAUAAAAACCCCACAAGAUGACACGAGCCACUCGAAUCUUAUGGCAAUCUUUGCCCGAAUGCAACCGCUGCGCGCGUCACUAGACUUUUUACCCAUGCGAUUGUCCAUGUUUCAGUCACGGGCUGGUGAUAUCUUCCCAAGUGCAUGUGAAGAGAUUGAAGACCGGCGGAACCGCCUGGAAAAGAGCUACAAAAUUCUCGAGACCGAUGCUGAGGCGCUUCGGAAAGAGCUUGAUGAGGAUAAAUGGAUUCUGGUGUUCCGCAAUGCUGGUGCACAGGCAUACAAGAUGUUUGAAUCAGUGGAACGAAGCAUCGGCAAGCUACAAGAAGGAUUGGAGAGCGGCAUGCAGGUCCAUAGCCCCCCAACUCUGACCAAGCGCAUUGAGAACUACGAGGCGAAGAAAAUGCAUUACGUUCCUGCCAUAGAGCGUGUGGUAUCUAUCAUCCAAAAGGGUGUCCAUGACCGACUGACCGUCAAUGGUGAAAUCCUUCGGCUUUUGUCUGAUAUGACGUCCCGGACAGAUGCAUUGAAAGCUAGCACGAGGGUAAUGGACACGUCUCUGGAAGAUGUGCAGACAAUCAAAGGCCAACAACUCCGGGAUUCAAUAUCGAGCAUCCUUACAAUGGACAGUCCAGCACCGGGCAGUGCCAUCGAUACCCCAGGAAGCUCCCCUGCAUCGUCAAUCAUAAUGACCAACAAUGGGUACAAAGGAGUCUUGACGCCAAUGGGUGGCUCGAGCCGCCGCGGAAGUUCAGUGGGAAGUGCUGCGGCCCGCUCGAUCUUGCCUCCAAACCGCCGUUAUUCUAGCUUGCCACAGCCAACGGGAGCGUACACAAGCAGAAAGCCCACAGUUCGACAAUCCUCGGGAUUCAUUUCUCCUACCCCCUCAUACAGAAACUCAAACCUCUUCACACCCACACCGGCUGCCCGCUCACGUACACCCGCACCAGCAUCUUCAAUCCCCAAUCGCCCCCGCUGGAACGGUAGCGCAAACCUGAAUGAUAUGAAUAAGAAUUGGACAGAUCAACAACGUAUGUUAGCAUCCCAUACACCUCGGCCGGCAUCAGCCAUCCCGUCCCCCAGUCCAUACCGACGAGACAUGUCUGCAUCUCCAAACCCCAGCAGUUAUCAGACAAACAGUCGUAUCUCCAGCCGCCUCGGCUCACGAAGCCCUAACCGGAACGCGUCCUCCCCGACACCAGCCAGGUCCUCGCUCCUCGACCCGCCUCCUUACAGUCGGCUUCGUCGACAGUCAGGCAUCCCCAGUACCCCUCGCAGUCGCCAGAGCUUUGCGGGUACGACCUCGGUUUUCGCCCGCAGCGUAUCAGGCCCCACAAAUGUUUCUGAUACGCCGAGCAAAUCGACACGGCCGGGAACAGCUCUGGGUCAUUCCAGCAAUAGAAGAGCCAGUCUACUGCCGCUACCCAAGCGAAUGGAUGAGAACCCGGCUUCGUACAAAAAGGUGGAUACGCGUCCACGGUGGCGUUGA